CGAGGGGGCGUGGCCGGCGCUAGGGCACCAAGCCUAAGCCUCCGCCUCCGCCGCCGCCGCCGCCUCCACCUAGUCCGCCACCUCCGCCAGACGCAAGCUGGGAGGAGAAGGGGAGUCGGAGGAGGAGGUGGCGGCGCAGGAGCGCUCCUCUCGGGGACCAGCCGACCCGGGGAGCGAGGACGUCGCCCCGCACCGCUUUCCUCCUGCCGCUGAGCCGUCCCUUUUCGCCAUGUCCCAGAGCAGGCACCGCGCCGAGGCCCCGCCGCUGGAGGGCGAGGACAGUGGGACCUUCAGUUUGGGGAAGAUGAUAACAGCCAAGCCAGGGAAAACACCGAUUCAGGUAUUACACGAAUACGGCAUGAAGACCAAGAACAUCCCGGUUUAUGAAUGUGAACGAUCUGAUGUGCAAAUACAUGUACCCACUUUCACCUUCAGAGUAACCGUUGGCGACAUAACCUGCACAGGUGAAGGUACGAGUAAGAAGCUGGCGAAACACAGAGCUGCAGAGGCUGCCAUAAACAUUUUGAAAGCUAAUGCAAGUAUUUGCUUUGCAGUUCCUGAUCCCUUAAUGCCAGACCCUUCCAAGCAACCAAAGAAUCAGCUUAAUCCUAUUGGUUCAUUACAGGAAUUGGCUAUUCAUCAUGGCUGGCGACUUCCUGAAUAUACCCUUUCCCAGGAGGGAGGACCUGCUCAUAAGAGAGAAUAUACCACAAUUUGCAGGCUAGAGUCAUUUAUGGAAACUGGAAAGGGGGCAUCAAAAAAACAAGCCAAGAGAAAUGCUGCUGAGAAAUUUCUGGCCAAAUUUAGUAAUAUUUCUCCAGAGAACCACAUUUCUUUAACAAAUGUAGUAGGACAUUCUUUAGGAUGUACUUGGCAUUCCUUGAGGAAUUCUCCUGGUGAAAAGAUCAACCUUCUGAAACGAAGCCUCCUUAGUAUUCCAAAUACAGAUUAUAUCCAGCUGCUUAGUGAAAUUGCUGAAGAGCAAGGUUUUAAUAUAACAUAUUUGGAUAUAGAGGAACUGAGUGCCAACGGACAGUAUCAAUGUCUUGCUGAACUGUCAACCAGCCCCAUCACAGUCUGCCAUGGUUCGGGUAUCUCCUGUGGCAACGCACAAAGUGAUGCAGCCCACAAUGCUUUGCAGUAUUUAAAGAUAAUAGCAGAAAGAAAGUAAACUUGGAACACCUUUGAAAAAUCCUUCAGUAGCACUUACCCCUUCACAAGUAAAACAUUUACUAUAAUGGUUUGGGUUUAUGUGUUGUUUCUAAAUCUCUUCAUAGAUGCCAUCAACACUCAGAUUUAAUUAUCUCCUAGUAGUUGUUAUUAAGCUCUUUUUAAUGGCUUCACCUUUGUAUUGGUAUAUUGUAUUUAUAAACUUUGUACCACAAGGCAGCGUGUAGCACGCAUUUUAUAGUGCCAUGCACAUCGGGGGAGGAAACUGCAUGUUUGUUGUUGAUGAUGAUGAUGAUGAAAUAAAACUGCUAGCAACAGUCUUACUGGUGCUUAAACUUUUAUUUGCGCAAGGCUUUGUAAGGGAAUUUGGAAGGUGGCCUUUGAGAAUUGUUAGUGUGUUGAGGGACAGGACCAACAGGCUUUGGAAUGUGAUUAUUGAAUAUCAGGGAACAGGAUUAUUCUGUUGCAUAUUUGAAUCCAUGUAAUAAAGAGCUAUUAUAAUGGAGUUUUGCUCAUUUUAUUAAAGAGCUACUGACUUGACUGUGGUCCUGUUCUUUUUAGCCAUUCCUGUGCAUAAUAUUUUAAUGUGGAUAUCCUGUUACAUAUCCCUAAUUUAUCUCUGAAAGUGAAAGGUUAAAAAAAAAGCCUAAGCAAAAUUUA